GGAAGGGAAAGCGGGCAUCAGGGCGGGGCGAGGGGCAAUUCUUCAGAAUUCCCCACCCCCUCCGUUUGUUUUGCAAGACCUGACUGUUAUUUGAUUUAGAACUGUCAACCACAAGUCAACCAGAAACAUUUAAACAUUUCAACCUAAUACCACACAUAUACAUACUACCCAGCCAGCCAGCUACCACAAUACUUCUACCCAAUCUUCUAGUCGCUCUCCCGAAAGCUUACCUUACCUUACAUACCUAAGGUAGAAAAAAAGAAAUCGUAUCUAGUAUCCAUCAUGACGGCCAUCGAGAACACCGAGCCCAAGGUCGGCGAGACUAAGCCUACCGAGACUGAGAGCAAGCCUCUUACCUCAUCAUCCGUCUUCUCCAUGUUCGGCGGCGGCGCAAAGAAGGAGAAGAAGGAAGAUGAUGAUCGCGGUGAUGUUUCCGGCAGCGCUAAGGCUCAACGUGAAGCUGCCGCCGCUGCGAAGGGAGAUGACGAGGAAGAGGUUGCCCCCGAGUCAGAGGAUGUUCACUUCGAGCCCGUCCACAAGCUUACCGAAAAGGUCAAGACGGUAACACACGAGGAGUCUGAGGAGGAGAUAUUCAACAUGCGAUGCAAGAUGUUCAAGUUCACCCAAGACUCCGAGGGCAAGGGCGAAUGGAAGGAGCGUGGUACUGGACCUCUCCGCCUGCUGAAGCACAAAGAGAACGGCAAGAUCCGUCUAGUCAUGCGACGAGACAAGACCCUCAAAGUUUGCGCUAACCACUACAUUACCCCUGAGAUGACAAUUGCCCCUAUGUCUACUAGCGACCGCGCUUGGCUCUGGAAUGUGGGCGCUGAUGUUAGCGAGGGCGAGCCCGAGGCUAUCACCGUCUCUGUUCGCGUAGCCAACGCUGAGAAUGCUCAACUAUUCAAGGAGGCAUGGCUCAAGGCGCAAAAGGAGAACGAGGCGCUCUUCGCCCAAGCCAAGGCCGAUGUGGAAAAGAAGGAAGAAGCCGAGACCAAGACGGAGGAAAAGAAGGAGGAACCCGCUGCUUCGUAAUGCGCGGUAUUCAUGUUGUCGACGAUGACGGUGGCCUGAAAUUCGUUGGGUGUUGUGGAUUUCCCAUCACUCAUAUUCCCUGCAUAGUGGAUGUAUAGAGCAAGUGCUCUGUGGCGGAAGAUUUGGAAAAAUAGGGCGAGUCCUAUUGAAAGGAUUUACAGAGCAUCGAUGGACGGUAAUGAUUAUGAGGGGAGAGGAAGAGAGACAUUUAGAUAGUCUACGGGUGGACCGAACACCAUACUCCCCCAAAUAACUUAGUCACGACACUUUGUCCCCCCCCUGCGAUACACUUCACAUUCACAAUGAAUACAACCCCGAUCCUCCCCCAAGAGAUAAUACCGAAAUCGCGAAUAGAAGUGUUAAGAAGAAGUUUGUAGAGUUGCCCAAGUGAUGCAUCUGAAUUUAUGGAGGCCUGUUGAAAUUUUGAAAUAUGGAAAUACUUAAAGAGGGUAAUCUUGUAAGUGAAGAUGGCGACUGAGGUUAUUUAUAUUGUAUCGUUAUAUUAUGUCAUUAUAUUAUAUGAUAUGAUGGUUAGAUACCGUAUAUGUUAGGUACAUAGUAGGUACCUACUUACCUGUUGUAGAGCUUUUAAAUGAG